UCUCAAUUCCGCUGCCCAAUCUCACUCUUUUUAGUCAUAAUAUUUUCAACCCCAUCAAAUAGAGAGAGAAGAAAGGAGAGAGAAGAAAGAAGAGAGUCUCCAAAAUCGUCAUCACCUACUCUUUGUCCGUUUACACUUUGUUUCCUAACAAAAAUUCCUCACUACAGAAAGCAGAUUGAGAGAUCAUCAUCAUCAGAAAAAUGCUGGGAAACUGUGAGAAAAUGGUUCUCAUUUCUUCCUCCGCUAACCAAUGGCCACAAAUCAAGAAUCAGAGCAGUAUAGAUCAUGAUCAAAAGGGGCUGAAUCUGAUGGGUUCAACCUCCGGAAUAAUGGACAAACAACAACAACAAGAUCAGAAACCGCAGCAAAAACAACACAAUCAAGAACCCCUCAGAUGUCCUCGCUGUGAUUCAUCCAACACCAAAUUCUGUUACUACAACAACUACAGCCUCUCCCAGCCCCGCCACUUCUGCAAGGCCUGUAAGCGCUACUGGACCCGCGGCGGCACUUUGAGGAACGUCCCCGUCGGCGGCGGCUGCCGGAAAAACAAGCGCCUCAAAAGACCCACCACCGCCACCCAUUCCAAAUCCCAACUUUCCAACCCGGAUUCCACUUCCUCAUCCUCUACUUCUUGUCCCAAUAAUAAUAACAACAAUAAUCCCACGCCACUUCCAAAUCCACACACGAAUCUCUUCUACGGCCCCACCUCCGAUCUGAACGUUCCGUUUUCAGGGUAUGAUCUUCAACCUCACUUGAAUUCUCUGGGAUUAGGGUUUUCUUCUGCUAAUAUUGAUCAUAGGGACUUUAAUUUAAAUGGGUUCGGUUCAAGUUCGCUCCUUUCCGGGUAUUCGAGUUUAUUUGGUAACCCAUCAGCUCCGAGUUCUAUUUCUUCUUUGCUUGCUUCCAAGUUUGGUAAUAGAUCGGGUGAUCCGAGUGUUUUUGAAAACCUAGCCUCAUCGCCACCGUUUGAUCACCUUCAUGUGAUGGGAUCCAACGGCGGAGAUCAAGUGAAGUUGGAACAAGGGGUGAAGAGGUUGGAGUGGGAUAAUCAGCAGAAUCCGACGGAGGAGAUUGUUGUUGGUGGCCAAUCUAACGAUCCUAAUUCUUCUCUUUACGGUAAUUGGAGCUCUCAAACUUGGCAUGAUCCGGCAAAUCUUGGUUCCUCCAUCACUUCUUCUCUCAUCUAGGGAAAAAGAAGUAUUAAUCCUUAAACCCCACGUUUCUCUUUCACUAGAUUUUAGGAUUUCUUCAUUUAUUUCUUUCUUUUCUCUACUUUGUUUGUGAAGUUUCAUGGUCAUGUUUGGUUCUGAAAAAAAAAAAAAGAAAAAGGAAACUUUGGGGAUCGGAGUGUUCAUGUCAGCAGCAAAAAGGGAAGUGAAAUAAUUUGAAAAUUUUCGCUAAUUUUAUAACGAAAAGUAGAGGAAUUUUCAUUUCCCAUAUCUGGUUUUUGCGCUGAGAGGAACCUCGGAUCCCUUUAUUCUUCUUCUUCUUCUUCUUCUUCUUCUCUUCAUUGACUCAAAAAAGUUUGGUGAUAGAUCAUCCAUCCAUUAUCUUCCAUGCAAGAGAUUUCAGCUGAAGCUCUCUAGA